AUCUAAAUCUUAAAUCUUAAAAAAGAAAAAAGAAAAAAGACAUUCGUAACAUUUUGCCAAGGAAGAAUUUAAAUACUCUCGCCAGUCGGGAUAGGUCUGUUAGUUAAUUUUAUAUACAAAUAAUUGUUAACCCUGCCAUUUCCCCGUCCUUUAAUUGUUUAUUUUAUUAUUUAUUCGAGCCCAAAGUUUUCAGAAAGCUCUGCCAUAUUAUCCGCCCUCCUCCAAGUUUUGAUUCCGUGCAGCAGAAACUCAAGUAUAACAAGAUAAUUCACACAAGUUCUAGUCGCCGUUGUCUCUCUUUGACUCCCAUUUCUUUUGUUGCCCGACUCUGCAUUUUUCCAUCAGAUUUCUGAAUAUGUGUGUCUAACUCUCGAGCGAUCCCUUAUAUUUUAGAAAUCUCAUUUCAACUAAAAAUCAAUAUUAUUUCAUUUCAGUUAUUUAUAGUUUAAAAAACAGAAUUUGUUUAGUUUCGUUUUGUUUGUGACGUUUCCCUUGUGGUCAGUAUGAAAUCCCAGUAUGAAACCAAAUUAACCCAAAAAAGAAAAUCAAUUCCAUGUCCCCCUUUUUCUCACAUUAUUCUAUAGCUGCGCCCCUCUUUCAUUCUAUUAUGACUGCCCCCUGUCAUCUGUAUCAUUUGCGCCAUUACCCAUUUAAUGUAUAGGAGAUUGUCAGACGUGGCCUCUUUCGUCUUUUUAUUCAGAGAUUUUGAUUAGUUAACGUGUUUCGUCCAACAUGGAAGACGUCUAAAUUUCAUACCUGAAAAAAGAAUGGAUAUCUUAUGCAAUAAUUUCGCCGCACUGACAAAAACGGUAAUAUUUUCGCGCAAGAAAUCACGGCUUAAAAACUGGAUUUCGAUGCACUAGAUACGAGAAACCGUCAGAGAAUACAGGGACAAACAGCAAACAACAGACAACAUCCUCGCACAAACUCCUUUUCAAUUCCGGACAUUUUUCUUCCUUGAGUUGCUUAAGGAACGAGAAGAUCGAGAGCGUAAGAAGCGUCGCCUAGCAGAAGAAUUAGACCAUUGUAUCAGAUUGCAGAAUCAAUGGAAAGCCAUCCAGAAGUUUAUUGAAAUGGAGGAAGAUAGAUUAAUUGAAGAAUGCCAACUCCAACGACGUCGCUUGAGUCAAAUGCAGCAGCAAGAAAGGAAAGAGAAAGCCGAGAAACUUGCUGCUAUCCGCCAUCGGCUUCAAAAGGCUUUAGAAGUCGAGGAUCGCCGGCGUCGUGAAAGAGAAGAGUUAUGGAUCGAAUACGGUUGUGAAGAGAAGGGAGAACUGGAGGACAAAAAAGCUGAAGAAUUAGAGAAGAUGACUCAAGCCCAACGAAUCAAAUGGAAUGAAGAUAUGGCUGAACAAUUGCGCCAGCUCGAGCUUAAGAAGAAAGCGCAGAAAGAAGAAGAACUUAACGAACGUUUAUGGAUGCUGGAGCAAGAUGCGUUGGAGGAAAAGGCUGAACGAGAGGCCGCAAGGAUCUCACGCAAUUGCAGAAAGAACAGGCGGCCUUACUCGAAGAGCGACGUCAGCUGAAGAAAUUGGAAUUGGCCGAGAAGGAGGAAGAACGACGUAUGGAAGAAUUGCGUCAACAGGCCGAAGACGAA